GGAGCUGGACAGUCGUCGUCUCAAGCUGAGCCAGCCAAGAACACUCGGCCCCGUAUAUCCCCACCAAAGCUGCAUCGAUUUUGCACAUUGAGCUCUCGACAGUUUAUUUGCAAAUUAGCUACUACCAAACCAAACACUGCAUGGAAGGAGGAAUAUAUGUUGCACUUGUGGUGAUCAAAGGAUGACAACCGUUUUUUGCCACGUCCAGCAGCAAUAGCAAAGGUGAGAAUUUACCUUUGUUGCAGUCUCCACGUGCAGGGUCUCAUCAGACUGACCCUUUAUUCCCCUGUAGACAUUCGUAGGAGCUCACCUUGAGACUGGUGAAUUCGGUGACAAGGGUCGUUUUGCAGAAUUGAAUGGCAAAUAUGGCGGUGUCGACAUCCGCGGCGUCGCGAAACCUGAGUCAUGGGACUCACUGGGCGUACGAGGACCCUCCUCAGUUCCAGUCCUUCUCCUUUGAGAACAUUGACUACCCCCUCUGGAAGCACUUUAUGGCUCUCAACUGGACCUUGCCCAUCUGGGUGUCGGGCCUCUACGUCGUCGUCAUCUUCUCGCUCCAACGCUGCAUGAAACAUCGAGCUCCCUUCAAGGUCGACUGGGCCUUGGCCUUGUGGAACCUGGGGCUUGCAAUUUUUUCCAUCAUGGGUUUCUGCCGCAUUUCGACGGAACUCUUUGCAGUCCUGACGUCCCCCAAUGGGUUUCACCGAUCCGUCUGCUCCAGAGAAGGACUGAAUGAGCCAAUGGCUUACUGGAGUAUUCUAUUCGCUCUAUCAAAAUUCGUCGAGUUGGGCGACACGAUCUUCAUUGUUCUUCGAAAACAACCACUGAUUUUGCUGCAAUGGUACCACCACUGCACGGCAAUGAUCCUCGCCUGGCAAAUCGUCCCCCGUGCUGAACCUAUAACGAGGUAUCUGGGAGCCAUGAAUUACGGGGUCCACAGCAUAAUGUACCCAUACUUCUUCCUCAAGUGCAUGAAAAUCCACAUCCCCAGAAAGAUCUCGCAGUUGCUGACGUUCCUCCAACUCCUCCAAAUGUUGGUCGCUGUGACAAUCAAUGCCUACAGCCAAUUUGUGAUAAGCUCUGGUCAACCCUGUGCGCGUGAAGAGUCGAGCAUAAGAUGGAUUUGGGCCAUUUACGGAUCCUACGUCUACCUUUUUGGAGAGUUCUUCUACAAAAGCUACUAUUCCAGAAAAUCCAAGAAGCUAUAAGUCUCCAGCCCAAUGAUGCUGGUGGUUCAUUCAACAUCUUUGGUCUCAUUCGGAGUAGGAAGACGAUCCACAAUAAUAUCAACUUCAAUUUAAUCUUAAGUAUUUAGUGUGGUGUUUGGUAAAUUUAAUUAUUUUUCAAAUGUUAACCUUAUCAUUGUAAUUCGAUUUCAAUGACUUAUCACUUGCAUUAAAUCACAAUUACGGUUUGACCAAAUAGAACUGAUAC